AUGGGAGACUUCCCGGGAACGGUCCAGGCGGGAGCUGCGCCGGAAGCGUCCCAACCUUCAUUUCUAGACUUCGACCAGUCAGAUGACCAACAGAGUCAACAGAGUCAACCAAAACGCUCGUCCCUUCCACCACGUCCUCAUGGUGCUGCUCGCCACACCAAACGACUGACCCUAAACUUUCCGAUCAAUAUCCCCCCAACUCCUACUCCCUUUGACCCCAGUGCAUCCACCCCGGGAUCUAUGACGCCUCUCACUCGGUCCGCCACCUUCCAGUCCCCUGCUGCUCUCCCUGUCGGCACUCCAGUGCAGUUUGACGACCAAGAUGACGGCUCAAGUAUCCUGACUGCGAUUGCAUCGCAAGAACGACGGGUAUUGGAACUUCGGGAGGAGCUUCAUCGGGCGGAAGUCGAACUAGAUUCGCUGAAGAAGCAGUGGGCACAGUCAGAGAAGACGAAGAAGCGGACCGAAAUAAGCCAACAUGCCGAGCCCUUGAUCCCUCUCAGAUCCCCAGAUAGAGGCGUCGCCGACGAAAGUGCGCGACAUCAGAGGGAUAGCAGCGUGGGCAGCUCGGAGAGCCCUUCCAUAGCCCACCCAAGAUUGAGCCGGGAGGUGGGACGGCGUCAGAGCAUGCGCGCUGCUGCGGCAAAGGGAAUGUCUGUUUCAGCAAAUGGGCGUCGGGUGUUCCAAGGGUCGCAUACACGGGCCCUGUCGCUUCUCUCGCCCGUCUCUGGCCUGUCAAGCACACAACAGGAAUCGGAGGAGAGCGUCGGUCGUGUGGGCCGUUCUCCGCGUUCUGCAACGUUGCCCUCUUCCGUUGAACGCAGUCCGAUGGCCGUUGAAAAUGUGGAACGGGCUGAGGAUGCACCUCCGCAGUGGCGGAAGAGUAUGCCCCCCCCCUCGCGAGAGGCACUCAUGCGCACAGGCAAACAGAUGGCGUCUGACCUGAAGGAGGGUCUCUGGACCUUCUUGGAGGAUAUCAGGCAAGCAACCGUAGGGGAGGAAGGAAUCAGCGCAACCGAGUCGAGAGCAAUGCCACCGCCUCGCAAGCGAGAUUCGAGCUCGACCUCUCGAAGCAGAGAUCGGUUGUCCGUGCAGGGAAGCAAGCCAUCACGGUCUCCGUCAUCGUCGUCGGUGUCAGCACGGAACAAUGAGAGGGGGGUGAAAACUUCUGGUAAAGACUCCAAAUCGGCGGAUAUAGGCUCGUCGUUCUGGAGUGAAUUCGGGAUUGAUGUACCUGGGCAGAAGUCCCCGAACGCUCGCGGAGCGUCCGCCAACCCAAGCGGACUGAACGAACCAGAGUCCAACAACUUCGAUAUUGACGAUAAUUGGGACAAUGACUGGGACACGCCACAGCCGAAGAAAAUGCACACCCCGUCGUCAAGUCGUUCUACGCUGGAAUCGAAACACGACCAGUCUCCGAUGACCCAAGCAAGUAGUCCUCGCACGAGCGCUAGUGUGUCUGACGGCAUCCCCUGGCCCGCCAUCGCCAAAAUGGCCCCCUCGAAAUUGGCCCGCACAGCAUCAAAUCUGAUGGCAGAAUGGGAGCACAGUCUGUCUCCAUCCCCUGAACGCAACGAUAAGACGAGCUUGCCGUUGGAUAAGGACGACAAGGAAAAUUAA